AUGAACGCCGCAGUGACGAAUAUGGCCGUGAUGUUCGGCGUGAUGCAGUUUGCUAAGCGCAUCCCGUUCGAUGACCAGCCGGAGUACAUUACGUACGCCCGCAUUGGCUACUUGCUCGCUCAGCUGGGCUGCCUUGCGGUCUUUUACUUCUGCAGCAUCCAAAUCAAGAAGAAGAACGAUCUGACGGUGCUCAAAUACGUGAAUGCCAAGACGCCGAUGGAGCCGGGUGAGCUCGUCACGACGACGCACCGCGACUACGAUCUUGCGGAGAUCAGCAAGAGUGUGCGUGGCAUUCUGAUGGGUAUGGGCGUCGUCGCGCUCAUGCACUUGUACUUUGGCUACACGAACCCUCUCGUGAUCCAGAGCAUCAUCCCCCUGAAGAACGCGCUCGAGUCGAACAUGGCCAAGAUCUGGAUCUGGGGCGUGCCGGCCGUCGGCGAGCUCAAGCGUCCUUUCAAGCCGGCGCCGAGCAUCUUUGGCGCGGCUGCGGGCGACAACGGUCCUCAGACCGACAAGGCCGCCGUCAAGGAGGCCGAAAACCCCGUCGGAAAGAUCCAGACGAAGGCCGAGUAA